CUUGCAUCAACCGACCCGAACUGCAGGAAGUCGGAGCUCCCCAUCAGCAACUCCCGUCCCGUGCUUAUCUGAUAAAGCUGUCCCCUCCCCCGACUCUGUCGUCAUUCUUUUUCGCAACUCCCAUCGAACAAACCAAAACGCCAUCAAACCAACCAAAGUAAACCAAUUCCAGCCCAACCGUUACAAUGGCUCUUAGAACCAUCCUCGUCACCGGCGCGACCGGCCAACAAGGCGGCGCCGUAGUCCGCGCCCUCCUCAACCACCGCAACUUCGACGCCUCCCCCCUCAAGAUCCUCGCCCUUACUCGCAACGCCUCCAGCCCCUCGGCCCAGCGCCUCGUCGAUUCCAGCAAGGGCAUCGUCCAGCUGAUCCAGGGCGACUCGACCAACCCCAAGCCCAUCUUCGACGCCCAGCCCAAGGGCUCCAUCGACUCGCUCUUCGUCGUCACCACGAUGGGCAAGCAGCCCGAGGAGCAGCAGGCGAUCCCGCUCAUCGACACGGCCGUCGAGCACGGCGUCAAGCAAGUCAUCUUCUCGUCGGUUGACCGCGGCGGAGACGAGAAGAGCUGGGACAACCCAUGUCCCGAGAUCCCCCAUUUCGUGGCCAAGCACAACGUCGAGGUGCACAUCCGCAACAAGGCCGAGAAGGACCCGUCCCAAUUCUCGUGGACCAUCCUGCGCCCCGUCGCCUUCAUGGACAACUUCAACCCGGGCUUCUUCUGCAAGCUCAUGACGGCCAUGUGGCGCAGCGCCCUCAAGCCCACCACCAAGCUGCAACUCACGGGCGUUCGCGACAUUGGCCUGUUUGCUGCCGAGGCCUUUCACAACCCGACCGAGUACGCCGGCAAGGCCGUGGGCAUUGCGGGCGACGAGUUGACGCUCGAGGAGGCCCGCGAGAAGUUCAAGAAGGUUACUGGCAAGGAGUUGCCCGAGACGUUCACCUUCCUCGGCUCCCUGAUGCUCUGGAUGGUCAAGGACAUGGGCGCCAUGUUUGCCUUCUUUGAGAACCAGGGCUAUGGAGUGGAUAUCGAGGCCACGAAGAAGAUUGUGCCGACGGAGGACUUUGAGACGUGGUUGAAGGAGAGCAGCAAGUGGAAGUAGGGGGACAUGGAUGCUGCUGCUGCUGCUGCUGCUGCUGCGUCGAGGUGUACGAUACUCUUCUGUUGUCCUGUUUGUUUUCUUUUGUCGGAUUUGCUUGUUGGCUGAGGCUGCGAGUCAAAAUAGUUACCAUUAAUUGAGUGGAUAAUAGAGAUUGUUUUAGCAAUUCCUUUGUCUUUACGUUCGAGCACGCGGGGCACAAAGGAUCUCAAGGGUAUCACCACUUCACCAGAGCGGUAGUGUAGGCGUAGUCGAACACCAGCAGUUGCAAAUCCUACCUCAGGAACACCCCCUCGCAUUGCCUGUUCGGAUUACAAAAUGAUUCAUCCUGAGUGAGAUACUGUGUUACAUUGUCGGCUCAGGAGCGGCCGUCGUGCGGGGAAAUGG